CCUCUGCAACAGAUGAUGGUCAAUAGGACUACUGAGAGUGGAUUUACCCCACUGCACAUUGCUGCCCACUAUGGAAAUGUCAAUGUGGCCACUCUCCUACUCAACCGUGGAGCGGCCGUGGAUUUCACAGCCAGGAACGGAAUAACUCCUUUACAUGUGGCGUCUAAACGUGGCAACACCAACAUGGUUCGUCUGUUGCUGGAUCGGGGCUCUCAGAUUGAUGCAAAAACACGGGAUGGUCUGACCCCCCUCCACUGUGCAGCUCGAAGUGGACAUGAGACAGCCGUGGAGCUGCUGCUGGAGAGAGGAGCCCCUUUACUGGCCAGGACCAAGAAUGGGCUGUCCCCACUGCAUAUGGCGGCACAAGGAGACCACGUCGAAUGCGUCAAACACCUUCUGCAGCACAAGGCUCCCGUUGAUGACGUCACACUGGACUACCUGACAGCGUUGCAUGUGGCAGCUCACUGUGGUCACUACAGAGUCACCAAACUGCUGCUGGAUAAAAGAGCCAACCCUAACGCCAGGGCUCUGAACGGCUUCACUCCACUGCAUAUAGCCUGUAAAAAGAACCGGGUAAAAGUCAUGGAGCUGCUGGUGAAAUAUGGAGCGUCAAUCCAGGCAAUUACAGAGUCUGGCCUGACUCCCAUCCAUGUAGCAGCUUUUAUGGGUCACCUGAACAUCGUCCUGCUCCUGCUGCAGAACGGAGCCUCAGCGGAUGUCAGCAAUAUACGUGGAGAAACAGCGUUACACAUGGCAGCCAGGGCUGGCCAGGUGGAGGUGGUCAGAUGUCUGCUGAGAAAUGGAGCGAUGGUGGACGCUCAGGCACGGGAGGACCAAACUCCUCUUCACAUCGCGUCCCGUCUUGGGAAAACAGAGAUCGUCCAGCUGUUGCUGCAGCACAUGGCCCAUCCUGAUGCUGCCACAACCAAUGGCUAUACCCCACUCCACAUCUCUGCCAGGGAGGGGCAGGUGGAAACUGCCUCGGUGCUGCUGGAGGCUGGGGCUUCCCAUUCAUUAGCUACGAAGAAAGGGUUUACUCCUCUGCAUGUGGCUGCCAAGUAUGGAAACCUAGAUGUGGUCAAACUGCUGAUACCGCGGUGCGCUCCUGAUUCUGCUGGAAAGAAUGGCCUCACUCCCCUCCAUGUUGCAGCACAUUAUGAUAACCAAAAGGUGGCGCUCCUGCUUUUGGACAAAGGAGCGUCUCCUCACGCAAUGGCUAAGAACGGCUACACUCCUCUGCAUAUUGCGGCUAAGAAGAACCAGAUGGACAUUGCCACAGUGCUGCUGCAAUACGGCGCAGAGACCAACAUCCUGACCAAGCAGGGGGUCACGCCGCUCCAUCUGGCCUCCCAGGAGGGUCACACACACAUGGCAGCUCUGUUAAUCAGCAAAGGAGCCCAGAUUAAUGUCUUCACCAAGAGUGGCCUAACCGCACUCCAUCUGGCAGCCCAAGAAGACAAAGUAUCGGUUGCUGAGAUUCUCUCCAAGAACGGUGCCAACUUGGACCACCAGACUAAACUGGGCUACACCCCACUAAUUGUAGCGUGUCACUAUGGUAAUGUCAAGAUGGUGAACUUCCUUCUUCAAAACGGGGCCAGUGUAAACGCCAAGACAAAGAGUGGAUACACUCCGCUUCAUCAAGCUGCCCAGCAAGGAAACACACACAUCAUCAAUGUUUUGCUUCAGUAUGGGGCCAAGCCCAACGCCAUUACUGUGAAUGGAAAUACUGCGCUGGGUAUAGCUCGGAGGCUGGGCUAUAUCUCUGUGGUGGACACUCUGCGAGUCGUCACUGAGGAGAUCAUCACCACCACUACGACGGUGACAGAGAAACACAAGCUGAAUGUUCCUGAAACUAUACAAGUACUGGAUGUUUCAGACGAAGAAGGCGAUGACACAAUGACAGGUGAUGGUGGAGAGUAUCUGAGAGCUGAAGACCUCAAGGAACUGGGAGAUGAUUCCCUACCAGGACAGUACCUGGACGGGAUGAACUACCUCCGUUUCAGCCUGGAGGGGGCGCGCACUGAGAGUUCAGACAGGUCCUUCACACCCACCCAUCAUAGCUACUAUUCUCCAAGACAUGAUGGUAUGAUGGACGAGACACUCACCUGUCACCAGGUUUCAUCACUUGCAAGAGAGAAUGAGAGAGAUUCCUACCGACUGAGUUGGGGAACAGAGAACCUGGAUAACAUCGCUUUCUCCAGCCCCCUUCAUUCAGGCCGUUCCUCUCCGUGCCGUGAUCAUGGAGACCACAGCAGCUUCCUGGUCAGCUUCAUGGUGGAUGCCAGGGGUGGAGCCAUGCGUGGUUGCCGACAUAAUGGCCUCCGCAUCAUCAUUCCACCCAAGAAAUGCAGCGCCCCAACAAGGGUCACCUGUCGACUAGUGAAACGGCACCGACUGGCCACCAUGCCCCCUAUGAUGGAGGGCGAGGGUCUGGCCAGCAGGCUCAUUGAAGUGGGGCCAUCUGGAGCCCAGUUUCUUGGUAAACUCCACCUCCCCACAGCCCCUCCACCUUUAAAUGAGGGAGAGAGUUUGGUUAGCAGAAUCCUCCAGCUUGGUCCUCCGGGGACUAAAUUUCUUGGUCCUGUGAUUGUUGAAAUCCCCCACUUUGCCUCACUCCGAGGGAAGGAGCGGGAGUUGGUGAUCCUCAGAAGUGAGACAGGAGAGAGCUGGAAGGAGCAUCAGUGUGAACACACACCAGAGGAACUCAAUCGGAUUCUGAAUGGCAUGGAUGAGGAACUGGACCCACCAGAGGAGCUGGAAAGGAAACGCCUUUGCAGAAUUAUUACAAGAGACUUCCCCCAAUAUUUUGCAGUGGUGUCACGCAUCAAGCAGGACAAUAAUUUGAUUGGUCCAGAGGGAGGCAUCCUAAGUAGUACUGUUGUGCCGCAAGUGCAGGCAGUUUUUCCAGAGGGGGCGCUCACCAAGAAGAUUAGAGUUGGACUUCAGGCACAGCCAGUGAAUAUAAGUGUAGUGAGAAAGAUCCUUGGAAACAAGGCCUCCUUCAGUCCUAUUGUCACCUUGGAGCCUCGCAGGAGAAAGUUCCAUAAACCCAUCACCAUGACCAUCCCUGUCCCCAAGAGCAACUCUGACCCAAUUCUUAACGGUUUUGGAGGGGACCCGCCCACAUUACGACUUCUCUGUAGCAUAACUGGAGGAACAACGCCUGCACAGUGGGAGGAUAUAACAGGGACAACACCGUUAACAUUUAUCAAUGACUGUGUCUCCUUCACCACCAACGUUUCCGCAAGGUUCUGGCUGAUAGACUGUCAACAAGUCCAGGAAUCUGUCAACUUCUCCACUCAAGUGUAUCGAGAGAUCAUCUGCGUUCCCUACAUGGCCAAGUUUGUGAUCUUUGCCAAAACCCAUGACCCGAUCGAGGCCCGGUUACGCUGUUUUUGCAUGACUGAUGACAAGAUUGAUAAAACAUUGGAACAGCAGGAGAACUUCACUGAGGUGGCUCGGAGCCGGGAUGUAGAGGUACUGGAAGGGAAACCUAUAUAUGCAGACUGUUUUGGAAACCUGGUUCCACUCACCAAAAGUGGCCAACAUCAUCUGUUCAGUUUCUAUGCCUUUAAGGAGAACAGGCUAGCACUCUUCAUCAAAAUCCGAGACAACACCCAGGAACCAUGUGGUCGACUGUCAUUCAUGAAGGAACCCAGGAACUACAGGUCACUUCACCAAAAUGCCAUAUGCAACCUCAACAUCACGCUUCCAUCUUAUAGCAAAGACUCAGAUUCAGACCAAGAGCAUGAGGAACAGACCGGCAGAACCUUUGACAAAUUAGAUCCACAGGAUGAAGCAGAAAGAAAUGAGCAACGGUUGGCCAUUAUAGCUGAUCACCUGGGCUUCAGUUGGACGGAGUUGGCACGAGAAUUGGACUUCAGUGAGGAGAAGAUCAACAUGAUAAGAACUGAAAACCCAAAUUCUCUGCAAGAUCAAAGCCAUGCCCUUCUGAACCUUUGGACUGUGACAGAAGGACAUCGUGCCUCAGCAGAAUCAACACUUUUAAAGAGGUUGACAAAGAUCAACCGGAUGGACAUUGUUCAUCUCAUUGAAACCAAGAUAGACAAAUCUGCUGAAGAGGAGACAAAUUCACAUACCUAUGCAGAGAUUGAACAAACCCUUAUGAUGGACCAUAGCGAAGGUUUUGGCAACAUUCAUGAAGACAUUGACAGUCCAAGGUCAGACAGAUGUAAGGAAGCUGCUGGCAGGAGCCCAGUUUUAGUUCAAGAAGUUCCUGUGGUAUCAGCAGAGGAGCUUUCUACUAGCUUAUCAUCGCUUCAUGAAACAUCAGGACGAGUUGAGGCAGAUCCCAUGGCUCCAGGAUUCAUGAAAAAAGCCCAAAGAGAAAAACUGCAAAGAGAGUUGGAAACAACAAACUCAUCACAAAGUAUAUAUGAAGAAGUGACAGACAUGGCACAUAUUGGGAGUUUCAAGCAAGCAGAUAUCCUGCCAGACAUUCCACCACAGACUGUGACUGAAGAGAAGUACACAGAUGAGCACGGCAACAUGGUGGUGAAGAAGAUCACGCGGAAGGUGAUUCGUAAAUGCAUGUCUCCGGAUGGGUCAGAAACACAGGAAGUGAGCAUUGAGGGCUCCCACCAGGAAAUGGUGAAGAUAGAGGAAGGAGACGCUGUGUCCAGAGUGGCAAAGAGAACUGUCCUUCACAGCAGGGGAGACCAGAAAGAGCUGACCUUUUCUGAACCCCUGGCUCUGGGUGCCACCACAGCAUCAGAGUUUGAGGUGGAACCUGUUCAGGGUCGAAAAGUCAGCAAAGUUGUCAAAACGACCGUGGUGAGGGGUGAGAGGAUGGAGAAGCAGAGAGGAGACCCCUUGUUGUCUGCUGACCUCCCCUCAGCCCAGGAGGACUUUGAGAAGGCUUUGAGUUAUGCUGGAGGUUUUGGCAAAGUGCUGCUGCCUCAUGUGGUAGAGAAGGAGAUGGUACAGGAGGACGGUUCUGUGGUUAAAAGAAGCCAGAUGUAUAAGUCAUGCACCCAGAAGAGGACCGUGGUGAGGGAUGCCCAGGGGAAGCAUGUACACCUGGAACGUCUGGAAGACACCCCAGACGCUCUGCAACCCGAUGCCCUGCAGCAGCACUUGCGCCACCUGCUCCAGAGGUACUGUGAGGAUGACCAGGAGGAGGAAGAAGACAAGGAAGAGGAAGAGGAGGAGAAGAGCCACGACUGAGCAGCUACUUCCACUGAACCCUUACUACAUCUUCCACUGAAACGUUUGGUGAAGUUCUUUCUCAGAGCCAGAUGUUCUCUUCUCCAGUAAUUGGUUUGUAGAUUUCAGAACAGGAUUUAUGCUUUAACAUUUUUUUUUCCCCAUUUGCUCUGAUUUUGACCAAAGAAAGCACCUCUCAGUUUUAGAUCUUUUAUUUCUUAGUGUUCAGCUGUUCCGAUGUGUUGGAGGUACAACUCACCAAAAUGUGCAUUGUUGUUAAAUGGAGCUUCUUGCACCUCAUUCAUGGGCCUCUUCUUCAAGAACUCUUGUAAAGAUUUAUACAUACAGAAGAUGAAAGGAAUCUAGAUGUGACUGGACAGAAAAUCAACAAAUUGUUAAAGCAUUUAAUACAGCAUGAAAACCUGCUGUACAUUUACUGAUAUAGCUGGAGAAAUUACUCAUAAAAUUACUGUUCCAUGGAGAUAAUAAAAUGGUGAUGUGUGUGUUUCAGAGCCAAACCUAUAUGAUCAUAGCUUUUAUCUUCAUCAUGCAUCAAACCUUAUUUCAAUUUAAGUCCAGUGUGUCAAAUUGUAGCGUUGUAGCGCCUCCUCUGGCAUGUGACUGUAAAUAGUGUGUUUAUUGAAAAAGAAAGUGGUGAUGAGGAAUGUGUCGAUGCACCUGGAGCACUUCUCCCCAACCCUUGGUUCUACUUUCUGUUAAUGAGAACUUAAGUGCUGAGAACUCUUACAUGUUCUGCAAACUGGAAUUCCAAACUUUUAAUAGCAAAAAGUCUCAGUCAGAUUUGCUGGUUAAUACAUUAACUCAUAUUUCUCUGAAGACAAGUUUAUGAAGAAACUGCUGAAUGGAAUUGGCUUUGAAGGGUGUAAUCAGUAGUCAUUACUACAUGUGCAGCAGAGCGAUGUUUCGUUAGCCUGGCCAUCGUUCCACUUGAUCCUUAUUUCCCUUCAGUCUCAUUGAGCUCCAUUUCUCCCAUAGAUUUUCUACCAGACCAAUCAGCGAACAGCAGAAAUAGUGAACGAUGAUGUUGGUUUUUCUGCACUGCUUUAGAAUUGUAGUCUAUCAGUAGUUUUAGCAAUGGCAGCGGAGGAAGAGAAGGAAGCUUUCAAAUAUCAAAGUAACAUUAACAGCUGCAUCAUUUAGAUUGGCUCUUCUCUGAUCACAGUGGAGGAUCGUUGUUCACAACAUGAGUUCUGGUCAGCUUUUAGCAUAGAACUGGAUUUUUUCCUCUUCAGCUUCUUCGCGAAGGAAUUCUUAGACAUAAGAUAAGAGAUUUAUCACUACAACAGUGGGCAGUGGAAUUCUUUGAAACUAGCUUUGCUGUUUUUGUCUUCUGAUCAACAUCUGCUUUUUUAUCUGCUGUGUUUGGCGCCACCCUCUGGCUGGGAGCAUUACAGGUACCCUGCGACAAAAUGCAUGUCACACAUCAGCAUUGUGUGAUGUGUGACAUGCACAAAGCAGAGCAGACUUUGAAUCAGGUUCUCUGAAGCAAGUCCAGCUCAGAUUUUACUAGGCAACACUGUAGUAAUUAUAAAAUGCAAUCCAUUUCACUGUUUUUUGUUGCUGCUUGCAAAGCUGGACAUCUGCAUUUCUAUAUAAGAUAGUUACAAGUGGCUGGUAUCAGUCCGCCUGAUCAGCUGAGCCUCAUUUUUCAAUCUCUAUAUAAUCACGCUGCAGGUAGAAGCAGAGGGAUGAAUGGGGCUAUGUGGUUAGUUUGACUAAAACUGUCUUAUUUAGCUUAAUAUUUAGCUAAAUAAGACAGGUUAUUGUUAAUUCUGAAGCUGAUAGUAAGAAGACCAACUAAAAUCAAAACUGUUCUAAAGUCCAAAUCAAAUCUGAUAGUCCUGAAACAGCCUUUGUGAAGGAGCUGAGUGGAUGUUGUUACCACUGUUCAAUAAAAAACCAGCUGAAGUCCAGGCUCUUUCCAGCACUCUUGCAUGUCAUCACAAAUAUUUCCUUUCUUAUUUAUUCCCAUAAUUUUUAGACCUGCAGCACCUCGAGCUGACAGUGUAUGUUUGGUUGUGUGUUUGAAAGGUUUCAAAAGCUAAAUGUAAAUAAUGCAAAUUGACAUGGUGUGUUUUUUGUGUUCUGGCUAUUUGGUUUUGUUGACCAGACUGAUUAGGUGCAGUUAUCACGCCAUGUUUUUACUUUACCACUGAGUAUGAUAGAAUGGCAGAACAAAACCUGUGGUGUCCAAAGCAGUCAAUGAAUUUGAUAGAAGCAUCUUGUUUCCAUGGUGAUCUCAAUAUAUCCAUAUUAACAAUGCAAGUAUCUAUGCGGGCAUGUAUGACUGAAUUAUUCUUAAAAUAAAUGAACCUGAAACAUCAAAAGGCAUAGCAGCUGCAGUGUGUACAUGGCAAAACAAUAAACUGAACAUGAGCCCAA